AUGGGGCGUACUGUUAUAAUUAUAGGUGUCGUGAUAAUUUUCAUCUUAAUUAUCAUUGGAAGUGCAGUAAUUGGAAACGGAUUUAGUACCGUGGAAUAUUAUGAGUUUGGCUUUAAACGACAAAAGUCAACCGGAAAAGUGGACAAAACUAACAUCUACAGUUCUAUCCUCUACUUUGGUGGACCUGACAUGGAAUUCAAAACAUUUCCGGCGGACGCUCAUCACGUAACAUUAAAAAAUGCCAAAAUAUUUACAGCAGAUAAACUUGAGGUCAGAAUAACAGCUUAUUUACAAUAUUUCAUCCGAAAAGAUGAGCUAGUUUUGCUGCACGACAAAUUUGACUUGGGUUAUAAAAGUGUCAUGGAGACCAGUGCCUUAGACGCCCUAAAGGGUUCAACAACACUAUAUACCACAAGAGAGCUGGUAACUAACAGAAAGCUGAUGGAACAAACUAUCUACAAAGCUGUGAGAGAACGCUUAGGGGGCACCUGUUGUAGGCCGGACUGUACUUCGUAUGCCUAUGCUUGUCCAGAAAAUUGUAAACCAUAUGUUCACUGCACUGCUAAAGAAAAGGGACUCUUUGUCGAUGUAAAAUACUUCCAACUUGGACAAGUGACAAUACCGCAUAGUGUACAAGAACGCUUUAUGAAAGCUCUUACGUUACAAGAGCAAUCGGAUCGCGAGGUGCUUUUACAAGAGGCCAAAGUUAUCCGUAAAAACACUACAGCUAUGGUUAAAAAAAUUAAGAACAAAGCUGCAGAAUUUCUGAAAAAUGGGACGGCUGUUGCAAAUUUAAUAUCAGCCGUGGCAAGAUCCAACUACACGACUGCAUUAGAGACAGCACGUGUUAAGGGACUUAAAUAUAUCUUCAAUGAAUUAGGAUUGUCACAGCAAGAACAAAAGAACAGUGUUAACUAUUUACGAACAUUACGGGGACACCAAAAAGCUCGCUUUACUGUCGAUUUUCAACAAAGAAUUGCAGGAAAUCUUUAACAACUAAAAAAACAAUAGAGAAAGUGUUCUGUAGAAAUCUGAUUUACUUACAUAUAGUUCCCCGUUUGAAGCAAUUUGCUGCAUGGAAUAUCAUGACUAUUACCUUGUGUGUGUAUUCUUCAGUUUAGUAUUCGCUAAAGCUAAGGUUGAGCUUUGAAUGUGGUUGAAUGUUUUACGUAAGGAUUAUUAUAUCUAUUUAUCUUUUUACCUCACCUGAGCUGAAAGCUCAAGUGAGCUUUUCUGAUCACCCAUUGUCCGUCGUCCGUCCGUCUGUAAACUUUUCACAUUUUCAACUUCUUCUCAAGAACCACUGGGCCAAUUUUAACCAAAUUUGUACAAAGCAUCCUUGUGUGAAGGGAAAUUUAAAUAGUUAAAAUGAAGGACCAAGCCCCAUUCCAAGGGGAGAUAAUCAAGAAAAGACAAAAAUAGGGUGGGGUCAUUAAAAAAUCUUCUUCUCAAGAACCAUUGGGCCAGAAAAGCUGGAACUUACGUGAAAGCAUGCUUGGGUAGUGUAGAUUCUAAUUGUUCAAAUCAUGAACCCCCUGGGGUAGGGUGGGGCCACAAUAGGAAAUCCAAGAUUUACAGUGAAAUAUGUAGUAAAAAAUCUCUAAAAAUCUUCUUUUCAAGAACCACUGGGCCAGAAAAGCUGAAACUUAAAUGGAAGCAUGCUGGGGUAGUGUAGAUUCUAAAUUGAUUAAAUCAAGACCCCUGGGGCUAGGGCAAGGCCACAAUAGGGAAUCCAAGUUUUACAUUGAAAUAUAAAGUAAAAAUCUGUAAAAAUCUUCUUCUCAAG